GGCCAGGCGCGGCGGGACGUGAGGGGCGAGCGGCGGGACCCGGCGCACAGCCCGGCGCCGGCACCAUGGAGGAGGACGACAGCUACGGUAAUGGAAGCAUCCCUGAACAAUGGUGCUCGGUAGGAAAAAGGAGUUCACUGUUCUAGAUGAAGAUGUUGGCAUGACAUGAUUUGGGGAUUAUUUUCCCAGACCUCUGCCUUUUCCUCGAGUCACACGAUGGACAUCUUGUGUGGAGGAAGCAGGCUAGGUGCUGUUUCUCUUCCACAGACUCAUGGUCAGCUCACCUGAUUUCAGCCUGGAGCUGCAGGACUGAAGGAAACAGUCCCCGUGAGACUUGGUGGCACGUGGAGUAAAUGGGACUCUCAGGACGGUUUGACGUGUGAGCAUGGAUGUGAGCCACAGUGUGGCUCUGGGAGUCAGAACCUGGGAAGCGCUAACUGUCCCAUCAGGAAGGAGAUGCUUCAGCACGCUGUCAUAUGUUUGUUACAGAAUAUCAGGCUCCUCUUUAAAAAAUGGCCAUGUGAUGCUGAGUGAAAAAAAAGGUUGCUUGUUACGUAUCCUGUUUAUUGAAUAUGUAUUUUAUCAGUUCACAUUUAUAUGUGCAGAGAUAACAUCAGUCACCUUUAUAAGGAUUCAAAGCAAACCCCGACCCCAGAACAGAACUGUGGACCGUGGACAGGGCAGCGGGGGAGGCAGAAUGGGUGAGCGCGGCUCCCUGAGUUUCACAGUGCCCAGUGACCUGACUGUAGAGGAGCGUCAGGAACUGGAGAACAUCCGGCGGAGAAAGCAGGAGCUACUGGCUGACAUUCAGAGGCUCAAGGACGAGAUAGCAGAGGUAGCUAAUGAAAUUGAAAACCUCGGGUCCGCAGAAGAAAGGAAAAACAUGCAGAGGAACAAACAGGUAGCCAUGGGCAGGAAGAAGUUUAACAUGGACCCUAAAAAGGGGAUCCAGUUCUUAAUAGAGAAUGAUCUGCUGAAGAAUACUUGUGAAGACAUUGCCCAGUUCUUGUACAAAGGGGAAGGCCUUAACAAAACCGCCAUUGGUGACUACCUGGGGGAGAGAGACGAGUUUAAUAUCCAGGUUCUUCAUGCAUUUGUGGAGUUACAUGAGUUCACUGACCUUAACCUUGUCCAGGCGCUACGGCAGUUCCUGUGGAGCUUCCGGCUGCCAGGGGAGGCCCAGAAGAUUGACCGGAUGAUGGAAGCGUUUGCCCAGCGCUAUUGCCAGUGUAAUAUUGGGGUGUUCCAGUCCACAGACACUUGUUACGUCCUCUCGUUUGCCAUCAUCAUGUUGAACACCAGCCUGCACAACCCCAAUGUCAAAGAUAAGCCCACCGUGGAGAGGUUCAUCGCCAUGAAUCGCGGCAUCAACGAUGGGGGAGACCUGCCUGAGGAGCUGCUCCGGAAUCUGUAUGAGAGCAUAAAAAACGAACCCUUUAAAAUCCCAGAAGAUGAUGGGAAUGACCUCACUCACACUUUCUUCAACCCAGACCGGGAAGGCUGGUUAUUGAAACUUGGUGGCAGGGUCAAGACUUGGAAAAGACGCUGGUUUAUUCUGACUGACAACUGCCUUUACUACUUUGAAUAUACAACGGACAAGGAGCCCCGUGGGAUUAUCCCUUUAGAGAAUCUGAGUAUCCGGGAGGUAGAGGACUCCAAAAAGCCAAACUGCUUUGAGCUUUAUAUUCCUGACAAUAAAGACCAAGUGAUCAAGGCCUGCAAGACAGAGGCUGAUGGGCGGGUCGUGGAGGGGAACCACACCGUGUACCGGAUCUCAGCCCCGACGCCUGAGGAGAAGGAGGAGUGGAUUAAAUGCAUCAAAGCAGCCAUCAGCAGGGACCCUUUCUACGAGAUGCUGGCCGCAAGGAAGAAGAAGGUCUCCUCCACGAAGAGACACUGAGUCUGCCCAGCGAGCGGCGCCGGCGAGGCCCUGGGUCCUUCCUCCUAUCCUCCCCCACGGAUGGGCGGCGGGCUGCCGAGCAGGGGUGUCCCCUGCUGGGCGUCACCCUGAAUUCCUAGAGACUGGCUUCAGCUUUGCUAUUUGUUUUUAAGUGGGAGAAGGGUAGGAGUUCGCACGGGGGAGAGGGAACAGAGCCCCCGUCAGCACAGCAGCCUCCUUGCAAGUCUCCCGUUCAGCAGGUCUAAUAGCAGAGCUCGAAGCCAGCCGUUUACCUCUUGGUUAUUUCCCUGUGAAGAAGCCUUCAACCCUGCACCGUAAAUACACCUAUCGAUAUAUUAUUCUAUGUUAAGGAAAAAGUGGAAUGGAAGAGAAGCCACGUACUAUAAAGAUAUAUUUUUGUUUUUUAAAGAGAGAAAAAGAUAAAGUAGAGCCGUUCCGAGGCGUUCUGCCUGGUCCGGGGUGGAGGCUCCCAGGGCGGCCGCCGAGGGUCCCCCCCACCCCCACCCCCCCACCCCCCCGGCCCCGGCCCCGGCCCACUGGUGGGAGCCGGCUUCUCAGCAGCCCGAGGGCGCAGGUGGUGGGACGGGCGGGCCGGCAGCAGCCGCCGCUUCUCCAUUCCAAGUGCCGGGGGAGCGGAGGGGAGAAGAGAAUCGCUGGACGGUCACUGUUUUUCUCUUCCAGAGUUCCUCCUUGUCGGGCUUUAAACUGCAAAGUCAGCAUUUUCCCUUGAGCUAAGGACCCCGGAACCAAAACUGUGAGGAGGGCAGUCCCCACCGCGCUUCGGGGCGGCCUGUUCCUUACAUGGUUCUUCCUCCUCCCCCAGAGCUGCAGUCCUCGUUUUAGAGGAAGGAGCAGGUCUUACUGAUCACCUUAGGUCUUCAGCUUUUUCCGCCUCGACUCGGGCCCCGACCUGGACUACUGUCGCCCAUUUCGGGGCGGGUGGGGGCCUUCAUCUGCCCGGCAGGGGCAGGCGGAGCGCCAGGCGGACAAGAGCGGCCUUGCGUCCUUCCCUGCGCCGCGGGCCUGCGUGCGCGCUGGCCUCGCCCUCCCAACUCCUGGUGUGAAGGGAGCCGCGGAAUGCAGCGUCCUCCUGCUCUUCUCUCAGGGACUCUCGGGCCGCUCCUGCCGCAGAGCAGGGCCCGGCCCGGGCCACCCCGGCGCCCCCACGUGGCCCCACGGAAGAAGGCGAAGAGCCGCCGGUCUUCUCGGGCAGCGGGGGCCCAGCUCCUCCGACUCCGUUAGGGCAGGCGGGCAUCUCUGCAGAUGGCGUUCGUGCAAGGGCGUGAUUGGGGGUGCAGGCGGGGGGACCUUCAGGGGGUCCCCUUCACACCGGUCCUCCCUCGAGUGACUUCAGGCGUGUUCGUGCCGGAGUUCGUAAGGGGCCGGGGGGGAGGUCUGGGCCCGUCGGGGCCCCACCGCCGGCCGCGUGCCCUGCACUGGUUCUCACAAAUACUACACAGAGAGGCACCUGCGUCAGUAUUCGUCUAUUUAUCGGAGGUGUAAAUAAUCCAUGUAUAGUUUUUCUCCUUUUAGAUUAUUUUGUAUUUGUUUAAAAAAAAGUUUUGUCAAAAUAUAAAAUAUAAAGAAAUGACUGAAAGUUGUUGACAGGGUUUUAAAAAAAAUUAUAAUUAUUAUUCCAACUGUUUUUUGUUCGUUUGGUUUUUUUGCAUUGUAAACUAGCACCAAGGGACUGCAGCAAAUAAACUCCAGAUCUGCCCAAAGCA